UCCCUGCAACGGGCAGCGGCAGCGGUCCCGGCCCCGGCUCACUCUUCCUGUCGCUGGGAGCGGCGGGCCGACCAACGGGCGGCCAGAGCCAGCGGCCGCCAUUCCCGUGUCGUUGCGCCCGCGGGGGCCGCCCGAGCCGGCCACGAUGCCGCUGGGCCUUAAGCCCACCUGCAGCGUCUGCAAGACCACGUCGUCCUCGAUGUGGAAGAAGGGCCCGCAGGGGGAGAUUCUCUGCCACCACUGCACGGGCCGGGGCGGCGCGGGCGGCGGGGGCGCCGGUUCGGGGGCGGCCGGCGGGACUGGGGGCGGCGGCGGCAGCAGCGGCUUCGGCGCGGCGGCCUUCGCCAGCACCUCGGCCGCCCCUCCGCAGAGCAACGGGGGCGGGGGCGGCAAGCAGAGUAAGCAGGAAAUUCACAGGAGGUCAGCUCGGCUCAGAAAUACUAAAUACAAAUCUGCUCCAGCUGCUGAAAAGAAAGUUUCCACAAAAGGAAAAGGGAGAAGACAUAUUUUUAAAUUAAAAAAUCCGAUCAAAGCUCCAGAGUCCGUCUCUACCAUAAUCACUGCAGAGUCGAUCUUCUACAAGGGAGUGUAUUACCAAAUUGGAGAUGUUGUGUCUGUGAUUGAUGAGCAAGAUGGAAAGCCCUACUACGCUCAGCUCCGGGGUUUCAUUCAGGAUCAGUACUGUGAGAAGAGCGCAGCUCUGACCUGGCUCAUUCCCACGCUCUCUAGCCCCAAAGACCAGUUUGACCCUGCGUCAUAUAUCAUAGGCCCAGAGGAAGAUCUACCAAGGAAGAUGGAAUACUUGGAAUUUGUUUGUCAUGCACCUUCUGAAUAUUUUAAAUCACGAUCUUCACCGUUUCCCACCGUUCCCACCAGACCAGAGAAGGGCUAUAUAUGGACCCAUGUUGGACCUACUCCUGCAAUAGCUAUUAAGGAGACUGUUGCCAACCAUUUGUAGUUUAAAGAUUAGAAAUGGGUGUCCAG